AUAACGAAUAAUGAAGUUUAGUUGUUAACAAAUUUAUAUGGAACAAUAUUGGUAAUUCAUUAAUCAGCUCAGUUUAUUAUAAUUGUAGAUAGAUCAUUACAAAUAGAAUGUUAUUUAAACAAAAUAAUAAACAUGUAAACAAAUGGAAAUUCUCAUCUACUGUAGAUUUGAAAAAAGUAAACAUAAUGAUUUAAUUGGCUUCAAUAAAAUACAUAGUUCUUUAUCAUUAUUUGUUUACCUAUAAUUGAAAUGAUUAUUACUACAAUACUCAUGUGUAAAUUUUGUGAUAAAUGUAAGAACAUUCAUCAAUAUAAAUGGUAUCUAUUAGGUCUAAUACCAAGUUCCGUAAUUUUCUCACUUCUAAUGGUCACUAUUCGUGAUAUGCGUGCACGUUUCCCAAUUAAUUAUGUCUUCUUGUUUCUAAAUACUCUGUUAUUAUGUUACGCAUUUAUACCACCAAUACUAGGGAUAACAAUUGGAUAUAUAAUGAUAUCCUUUAGUGCCGCAGCAUUUAUUACAUUUUCAAUGAUAAUACUCGGGAUGUUCAUCAAGGUUAAAAUUCCUUUUGUUUUGUUGAUUACUGUUUUAAGCAGUUUCAUCAUUGCAGGGCUUGCAAUAUCUGUUGUAUUGUAUUUUACCCACAAAGAAGUAACACUUCAUGUAAUGGGAACAUUUUUUAUCUUGUCAGUUUUACCAGUCCUGUUAUUUAUUGGCCAGCAGCUGAAAAUUGAAUACUCUCCAUGGAUGCUUCCCUCCUAUUAUAUAUUAUAUGCUGUACUGGUGUCAGUAAUAUAUUUGUUCAUAUUCUAUUCAAUCGCUGUGCAAUUUUUAAAUCACAGAAACAAAUCAACAUGUUAUAGCUGUUAAUGUGUACAAUGUAACGUCUAUUUUAAUUAAAUGGUAAUCCGUGAUGUCAUAUCUACUCUCUGUAAGCUAUUCCUCAUACAAACAUAGCUAUAAAUCGAAAUGUAUCGUUUCAUUUAAAUUAUUUUAAUUUCAAAUGGCAAUAGUUAUUCAACAGUUAUAAAUAUAUCCUGCCGCUUGUUU